GUCCGGCGUGGUGACGUCACCAGAACGGCAGCCAAUGGCAAGGGCAGCUGAGCCAUCUGGCUUGGGUUUGAAUUUGUGGCUGCACUUGGAGCGCCUGGAAGCCGACUCUGCCAAGUGGCCGCGGACGCUUCUUCUAGAGAACUACCUAGGCAUCCAUGUAAGCAGCAGCUAGGUUCCUGAAAAUGUCUGUUUCUGAGGAAGAUUUAUGUCACCACAUGAAAGUAGUUGUUCGUGUGCGACCUGAGAACACAAAAGAAAAGGCAGUCGCUUUCCAUAAAGUGGUCCAUGUUGUUGAUAAACAUAUACUCGUUUUUGAUCCAAAACAAGAAGAAGUCAGUUUUUUUCACAAAAAGAAAACUACAAAUUUUGAUAUUACCAAAAGACCAAAUAAAGAUCUUAAGUUUGUAUUUGAUGCUGUUUUUGAUGAAACAUCAACUCAAACAGAAGUUUUUGAACAUACUACCAAGCCGAUUCUUCAUAGUUUUCUGAAUGGAUAUAAUUGCACAGUACUUGCAUAUGGUGCCACUGGAGCUGGGAAGACUCACACAAUGCUAGGAUCAGCUGCUGAACCUGGAGUAAUGUACCUAACAAUGUUACACCUUUUCAAAUCCAUGGAUGAGAUUAAAGAGGAGAAAGUGUGUAGUACUGCAGUGUCUUAUCUGGAGGUAUAUAAUGAACAAAUUCGUGACCUUUUGACAAAUUCGGGGCCACUUGCUGUCCGGGAAGAUGCCCAAAAAGGAGUGGUUGUUCAGGGUCUCACUUUACACCAGCCCAAAUCCUCAGAGGAAAUAUUACAGCUACUAGACAAUGGAAACAGAAACAGGACACAGCAUCCCACCGACAUAAAUGCUGCAUCUUCUCGUUCUCAUGCUGUUUUCCAGGUAUCAGGCCUUUGGGCUAUUACUCCUACCUUCGCUAGCAGUGAUUAUAGGCCUCUUCCACCAGACUCAGCAAUGAGAAGGAAUCAGCAUAUUCCUUACAGAAAUAGUAAGCUUACUCGCUUGUUGAAGGAUUCUCUGGGAGGAAACUGCCAAACUAUAAUGAUUGCUGCUGUUAGUCCUUCCUCUUUAUUCUACGACGACACAUAUAACACUCUUAAGUAUGCUAAUCGUGCAAAAGACAUUAAAUCAUCUUUGAAGAGCAAUGUUGUUAACGUCAACAGUCACAUAUCUCAAUACGUAAAGAUCUGUAAUGUGCAGAAAGCAGAGAUUUUGAUGCUGAAAGAAAAACUAAAAGCCUAUGAAGAACAGAAAGCCUUGACUGACAAAAAUGACUGUGAAAAAUUGAUACAUUCAAAUACUCAAGACAAAGAAAUUGAAAGAUUUCAAGAAAUUCUGAAAUGCUUGUUCCAGAAUCGAGAAGGAAUCAGGCAAGAAUAUCUGAAGUUAGAAAUGUUGCUUAAAGAGAAUGAACUAAAGUCAUUCUAUCAACAGCAGUGCCAUAAGCAAAUAGAGAGGAUGUGUUCCGAAGACAAGGUAGAAAAGGCCACUUGCAAACGAGAUCACAGACUUGAAAAGUUGAAAACUGUUCGCUGUUUCCUAGAGAAAAAGAAGGAAGAAGUGUUGAAACAAUUUGAUGAGAAUACUAAUUGGCUCCAUCGAGUGGAAAGUGAAAUGAGACUCUUGGGUCAAAAUGGUGACAUUCCAGAGGUACUCAAUAAAGAUCUUCAUUGUCACCAUUUACACCUCCAGACCAAAGACCUGCAAACACAAAUGGGACACAUGAGAGCUCUAGCUUGUCUCCAGGAGCAGCAGCACAGGCAGACUGAAGCAGUAUUGAAUGCUUUACUUCCGGCCCUAAGAAAAAUGUAUUGUGUGUCAAAAGAAACUGGCCUGUCAAACACUGCUUUUGAUGCUGACUUCAAAGAUAUUGAGCAUUUGGUAGAGAGGAAGAAGAUGGUGGUUUGGGCUGACCAAACUACCGAGCAUUCAAACCAAAAUGAUCUUCCAGGGAUUUCUCUUCUGAUGACCUUCCCACAGCUCGCCCCAAUUCAGUCUAUUCCUUGUUGCACAUCCUCAAGUGAACCUAACUUGCUUAAUAUUACUCCACAAAAAAGAACCAGAAGAAAAUUAAUACCUUCUUCCUUGGACGUAAAAUAUACUCAGAAGUCUAUACUGUCUGAAAGUACACAGCUCAAUGAUUCUUUCAGCAAAGAACUUCAGCCUAUUGUUUAUACCCCAGAGGACUGCAGAAAACCUCUUCAAAACCCAUCUCCAGCCUUAAUAAGACCUUCAUCACAUACUACAAAUAUGAUCAAUGAUAAUUCUCUGAAAACGCCGUGUGAAGUAGAUUCUCCUCUCAACAGGAGAACAGAGUGUAAACAGGAUUUGGACUCUACAUUUACUAUAUGUGAUGACAUCGGGAGCUUGAAGAAUAAAUUGCCUGAACAAGAAUCACUACAAAACAGCAAAAGCAGUUUACAUAGGCUUGAAUCUUCCUCAUUUUCAACUAAGGAUUCUAGGCCUGUAUCAACAAGUGUGCCAUCCUACAUGGCCAUGACUACUGCUGCAACAAGGAAAAGGAAAUUAAUAAGUUCUACAGCAAAUGCUCCAUUAAAAUCCGAAGAAAAUCAUGGAUUUGCCAAACGCAUUCGAAAGGAUAAUUCAAGUGAUAAGCUCUUGCAAGAAAACAGACUGGCAUUGGGUUAUAAAAGAAACACCAACAAAGAAAAUUCAAACAUGCUUAGAAAAUUAAGAAGAAACACUUUUAAAGAAAAUGUUCGCUAAGAAGUAUCGAUGUCCUUUGCCUCGUAUUUGUCCCUGCUGAAAUGUAUUUCAAGUCUCUGAAAGAGGGCCAUCUAAAACUGUUUACUAAAAUAUUUUCAUCAAACAACAUGAAAUUUCUGUCUUUUAAGUAAAUAUAAAAUUACAACAGGUUUUGUUUCCCGUUUCUCAAAUAUUUGUUACUCUUGAAAAUCUCUAGUCAGCAUUAUGUCAGUUUAGUUUUACUUUACCACAGCUUGAUUAGGACAUUUUAGAAAAAAGAGUGAACCGAAUUACCCCUAUUGUUUUCAAAAUAAGGAAAUUUAGAAGUCAUAAAACUAUGGACUAGAUAUAUUUGGUCUUCUGUUGUUUGUCAAUAUGUUGUUUUAUACAUACAUGUGAUUUUGUGUUCAAAAACUUUGAUGUAAAAAUGUAGAUAUGUGUGCCCAUAACAUUGUAAAUAUUGUUUAAAUGCCUGUCAUAAAUAAAAUACUAGUAUUUUAUUACUUGGUAUAUUAAAGAGAUAGAUUUUAAA